UGAAGACACUGAAGGAGGGAGAGUGAGGCAGAUGGAGAAGAAACGGUGAUGGGGAGGGAUCCAAAAAAAACACAGCAUGGCGGGUGGGAGAGCAGAUAGAGAGAGGGGAGUGUGUGUGUGUGUUGUGUGUGUGUGUGUGUGGAGGGGAGAUCCAUCCACUAAGGCAGAAGUUUCAGCUCCGCGCUCCACACACAGCCAGGACGAAGGACAGAAAGCACUAACAGGUAAAAUGUUGCUGCAUUCGAGCGUUCUGAUUGGCCUGCUGUGCCUGGGCCAGCCCGGCGGCGCCUGGGGUUUGGCCCGCCUGCUGGACAACGCAGAGCUGCGCUCGGCCUUCUCCGUGUCACGCACCAACAGCAUGGAAGGUGGACCGAAAAUGACCGUGACCUUUGACAUGGUUUACGUCAACAUUGGCGGAGACUUCGAUGCCAAGGCGGGAUUGUUUCGCUGCCGCAUCCCCGGGGCGUACUACUUCUCCUUCACGGUGGGGAAGUUCCCCCACAAAGACCUGUCUGUGAUGCUGAUGAAGAACAGGAACGAGGUGCAGGCCAUCGUCUACGAGGAGAACGCCGGAGAGGAGAGAAAGGUGCAGAGCCAGAGCGUCAUGCUGCAGCUGGAGUUCGGGGACACCGUCUGGCUCCGUCUCCAUGGCGACCCCCGCUACGCGCUCUACAGCAACACCGGGCACUACACCACCUUUAACGGCUACCUGAUCUACCCCGACAUACAGCUACCAGACCCACCACCACCAGCACCAGACGACGGGAGAUCCGCCUUCUCCGUAGGCCGCACCCAAAGCAUCCUGGGAAUCGACCAGGUGGGGGUACCGCAGCACCGGCCAAUCAGCUUCGACACAGCUUUCGUCAACAUCGGCGAGGACUUCAACGUGACGGAGGGCGUGUUCACCUGCCGCGUGCCGGGGGCGUACUACUUCUCCUUCAACGUGGGCAAGCUGCCCAUGAAGACGCUGUCCGUGAAGCUGAUGAAGAACCGCCUGGAGGUCCAGGCGAUGAUCUACGACGACAGCCAGGGCGAGAAGGCCCUGCAGAGCCAGAGCCUGAUGCUGGCGCUGAAAUCAGGCGACGUCGUCUGGCUCUACUCCCACCAGAGAGACGGAUUCGGAGCCUACAGCAACCACGCCAAGUACAUCACCUUCACCGGUUUCCUGGUUUACCCCGACAUCAGCCCCAGCUCCCCCACCACUGCCACCACCAGCCAAUCAGAAGCCGCAAAGAGGCCCUAACUGCAGCUGGGUGGCAAAUGACUGAGCAUCCUGGGUGGGAUUCAUGUUCACACCGCAAAAACACAACAUCUUACCAAGAGGUUUUGGUCUGGUUUCUUAUUACACUUGAAAUAAGACAGAACUAACUUACAUGUAGCUUUUCAGCAAAAUUGGUAGCUUGUUUUCCGUAAUAUGUGGAAUAAUUCCCUGUAUGUGGAAUCCCAAAAAUUAAAAUGGAACCAUUUUAUGUACUUCUUUGCACUACGUUCAUCAAACUUUGGAAUCUCAAUUUUAAAUAGACAACAUGUUGAGGCCAUGGAAGAUGUGAAAUAACUUUGGUGUUCUGUUGUCUGAAGUCUACAUUUCCUGCUGUUUAUAUGAAAAUUGUCUCUUUACAGCUGAUACUAUGUAAUAUACAUACUUGAGUUCAUGACAAAUGUCCUCUAGAGGACAGCAAAAGAAUAUUCUGUUCUAAUAUUGAAGAAAAAGUUCUGGUCCUAACGGCAGAUUAUUUCAUUUCAAACAAGACAUUUAAUCCAUCAGUUGUACUAUUUUUAAGCAAUAUUCGUGAAUUAUUGACCUAGAACAAGCUCCUAUAUCUUGUUGAAAAAUUGCCUGAGAAUUAAUUUUGCCUUAAUUCAACUGCACUAAGAUAUUUUCUGUAGAAACUGGGCAAAGCUACUUGGUAAGAUUUUGUGUUUUUGCAGUGAAAGUCACAGAGGGUAUCAGGAAUAAUUCCUUCUCAAAGUCGAAGGAGUUUUGGACUCAGAACCUCAGAGAGAAUCUAUUUAGUUUAUAGCUAAUGGCUUCCCAUGUCAGGAGUCCAUCUCACUUGAGUGUGAAUAUUUCACUCUAUAAUGAAAGUUCCACUGUGUGUUUGAUUAUGCACAAAGGUCGCCAAAGUAAGAAAAUCAAAUUUAGCCCCAAUUCAAAAUAUCCUGCUAGCAUGAUUUCAAUGAGAUCAAGAGAAAGUGUUAGCAUUGGUGGUGGGCACCGCUAGCUAAAAUGUUAGCUGUGCUAACCCUAAGGGGCUAGUCAUAACCCUUCUGCUAUUGCUGAAGUGCUACACCAACGUGGUAUUUAGAGGGAGCUAAUGCUAAAGUGCUAAAGUCAAUUCAUAUUAUAUCUGACCCUGAGGAAAGGAAACAGUUGCUGUAUAAACAGUAAGAGCAUGAAUAUAAACGUCUAACUACUUGAAGAGUUUUAAACUGUCUAUGACUAAAAGUUCAACACAUGUUGAACUUUAUUUAACUAAACUUUCCCAAACAGCCAAGUAAAUUAUCCCUUUAGAAUCUAUAUGGACAAAUGAAUUUAGGGGAAGUGAGCUAAAUGUUUUCAAAGUUAGCAAAAGUGCUAAAUGAACCAUCAGAUCUGCUAUUAGCAGAUUAGCAGAAGGGUGCCCACCACUGGUUAGCACAAAUAUCAUCUAUCUGCACUUUACUAAAUAAUUAAUUCUGGUUAAAUUAGUCAGGUCCAGUGUAAAUAAAUACAAACUGAAACCAAUCUGGGUGCAGUUUUCUAUAACGGAUCAAUAAUAACUAUCAACAAAACAACAAAUGAAGUUUUUAAAUUCCAAGAAAAUUUAAGUGACACUAAAAUGAUAAUCAGCUGAUAUGCUUAAUUUUUACAGACUCUAUCCACAACUGUACAAUAAAAUAUAAAGUAGUUUAUUUUAGAAGCUUCUAAUGUGGACUUAAUUCAAAAACUUCAACUAAGCUAAUGUUCAUUGACAAGUUUGGUUGAAUCAUGAGCUAAAAAUGCUGUAAAAUUAAAGCAUUCUCUGUGAAAUAGAUUUACCAAAGAGUUGGACAUUCAUAAAUGGUCGUUUGAUCUGAACAUUUCUGCAAAGUAAUUCAAAGUGAUUUAAUCUUCAGUGGUUUGAUAAAGACGGAUAAUCAGAAUUUUCAUUCUCUACUGAAAUAUUCCUAGAAGUGUUGGCUUCCUGUCAAACGUUUGGUGUUUCUGCUUAUAAGUAAGACGUCUCUUUACUUGUUUUACUUGUUUACCGCAUGUAAAUUACUGUGAACCGUGUUGGGCUUUUGUGUCAAAAUGAGUGUUUUCUUUCCAAUAUUUGGGAGCUCGAUGUUGUCUCUCGGUCGCAGGGAGAGCGGAGGAUUCCAGGACAGAAGUGACACAGAUUUGGAAGAAGAGCACGACUCCGUAUCCAUACAACUGUUGACCACCCGCCUCCUCCGAGCCUGCGGGGAUCUGGGACAUAAUUUGAUUUCUAAUUCUAGCAGCAUUUAUUUCACGUCUUCAGACAGAGCCCACUGUGGGGAAAAUUGAAUUGCUUCUCCCAGGCUGCAGUGAUGUGCAUAUCUAAUUUCACACCGCUGGGAAUAAGAUGAUACAGUUCAAACUGUCAUGGACCCUUCCCUUAUCAAACGACCUGAUCCUCUGGAGGACCGCGGGGGUUCAACUUUAGUUUUGUUAAACGUUUAGAUGUUUUGAUGACAUUGGUUGGAAAUUUAUGAGAUGCAAACCUCUGACUUUACUCCAGUCAGUCAGUAUUUGGCAAAAGAAAAAUGAGUUAGAUUUGGGAAUCAGCAGCGGGGAAACAUGUUGGGAGAGCGUUCCACAGAUCUGCAGGAAACUGUUUGAAAAUGUUUGCUCUAUAUGCAAAUCUCCCCCAGUUUUAAAUGAGACGCCAUUUAGAAAUCAGGCUGGAAAAAGGCGCUUGCUGUGAUUCCUGUUAGAAACCGUAAAGGCAGGAACACUUUAGCAAAGCAAACCACUGAAAACUCAUUUCCUCUGGAUGUGUUUGACAGAGGAAGUGGACUAAACAUGAAAACAUCUUUAUGUCUAAAGAUAAUGAUAAGCCUGAAAAUAUGAAUUUUCCAGUCUCACUGAUUGCUGAUUUCGAAAGCUUUAAGGCGGCAGCGACUUUUAGGAAACAAACUUGUGGUUAAUUUUCUCUCCCAGUAAACUCUGAGUUUCUCCUUUAGUCUCAGAAGAAAGCUCUCUCUAUCUCAGCCUCAGCGUGAGAGCGGCCCAGAUCGAUUCAGCCGGCCCGAUGCAGCUCAGGAAAUCAUGUUUGUUCUGUCCACAACCCUCCAGAAUCAUCCAAAACCCACCAGAACCCAUACGGAACCAUCCAAAACCCACCAGAACCCCUCCAGAACAAUCCAAAACCCUUAAGAGCCCUUCAGAACCCACCAGAACCCCUCCAGAACCAUCCAAAACCCACCAGAACCCCUCCAAAACCAUCCCAAACCCCUCCAAAAUCAUCCAAAAACCCACCAGAACCCAUACGGAAACAUCCAAACCCUCCAGAUCCCUUAAGAGCCCUACAGAACCCUUCAGAUCCCACCAGAACCAUCCAAAACCCAUCAGAACCAUUCAAAGCCCACCAGAACCCCUCCAGAACCAUCCAAACCCCACCAGAACCCCUCCAGAACCAUCCAAAACCCACCAGAACCCCUCCAGAACCAUCCAAAGCCCACCAGAACCCCUCCAGAACCAUCCAAACCCCACCAGAACCCCUCCAGAACCAUCCAAAACCCACCAGAACCCCUCCAGAACCAUCCAAAACCCACCAGAAUCCCUCCAGAACCAUCCAAAACCAUCCACAAGCCACCCAAACCUCUUUAGAACCAUCUAAAACCCUCCAGAACAUACCAGAACCAAUCUAGAAUCUUUCCAGAACCUUCCAAACCUACAGAACAAUCUAGAACACUGCCGAAUCCUUCAGAAUCUCUCCAAAACCCAUCCAGAACCACCUAGAACCCCUGCAGAACUUCCAGAACCCUCCAGAACUUAUCUAGAACUUCCAAGGCCCAUCCAGAUCCCCUGGCGUGUGCAGCGCUCAGAGACUUGUGUUAUGCAUGCAUGUAACUGAAAACAAAACAUCUGAGGAGAAAUGCUUUCUCAUGAUCGCAUGUCCAGCUUGUGUGUGUUAUGUGUACAGUUCCUGUUUCUGAUGCUUUAGGUCAAAAAUUGUGUAUUUAAAAAAAAAAAAAA